GAGCAGACUUGGUCACAGACCACCGAUGGAAAGGACUCCCUCUGAUGACACAGGCCCCAUACACGUGCCUUUUGGGUACGUUGUGGCCAGUGAGAAAUGGCGUGGGUCGCAGCUGGCGCAGGGGAUGCAAGGGAAAAUUAAGCUUAUUUUUGAGGAUCGCCUGACACCGGUAGAUUUUUACUUGUCUCACCGAUCCUGUAUUCUUUAUAUCACCGAAGCUGAUUUGGUGGCAGGAAAUGGCUACAGAAAGAGGCUUGUUCGGGUUAGAAAUUCUAGUAAUCUUCAAGCGAUUGUAUUAGUUGAAAAGACACAGAUGAUUGAACAAUACUUCCCAGCUGUGCAGAAGUUUACUGUGCUGGACCUUGGGAUGGUGUUGCUUCCAGUGGCCAGCCAGAUGGAAGCCUCCUGCCUCAUUAUCCAGUUAGUCCAAGAACAAACCAAAGAGCCCAGUAAGAACCCUUUUGUCAGGAAGAAAUGCGCUCUGCUCUCUGAGCCAUCCCUCCUUCGAACUGUGCAGCAGAUCCCAGGAGUUGGAAAAGUUAAAGCUCCCCUUCUGCUUCAGAAAUUCCCAAGUAUCCAACAACUGAGUAACGCAUCCAUCCAAGAACUAGAGCAAGUCGUUGGACGAGCAGUAGCCCAGCAAAUUCACGCAUUUUUCACAGAGUCCAGGUGACCGCUCGCCUUGUGGCAUCUACAACAUUUUCUCCUUCAGACCAGAAAUGACAUAAUUUUGUAUUUAAAAGCCAAGAAAAAGUAUUUCCUCUCACACUGAAACAUGAGGUGCGGCCUAAAACGGGGCCUCACUCUCUGAGUUCAGGCCUUUCAAUUAGUGGGUACCAGAUGGCACUGCCCUCAUUCUCCUAGGAUGAAAAGGGCCUUUGGGGAUCUUCCUAAGAGUCAGUUUCAUUUAGGGACUCUCAUACUCAGCAGAAAACCGGUUUGGGCAGAUUUUAAUGUGUGACCUUAACCUACGUCCAUCAUGGAAAGGUCUUCUAAAGCUUCAGGUGGUGGAUAUGAACAUCUAAAGAAAACAAACCUACAAUUAAGCACUGUGUAUCAUAAACCCCUAGAUCCUGGUGUCAGUGCUGCUGUUGUUCAGGUCUGGUCUAAAUAUACCUGUGCUUUGAGGCUGCCAAUGUAAAUAAACAAUUAUACUGCCUUUCUUUCUCUUUUUUUUUGGUAGCUGUACAGUGUUUAUAAUCACUAGGCAGGUCUUGUGAACACCCAGUUCUUUGAGAGAAAACCUGGUGUGUGAAGUACCCAUUUAAAGAUAAACUAAUGCAUGAGAGAGGAAAAGAACGUGUUUGUAAAAUGUACGGCCCAACAAAGGCAGGGUAUGCAAAAAAAUAGUAGGAGCAGCUGCAUCCAGUGAGGGGAGCUGGGGGCUGGGGACCAAAGGGUAAAAUUGUCCAUCCAAAGGAUAAAUACAAUUUAAAGAUCUCAUGUUUUAAAAGGUACUAAGAUAACUUGAAGCCUUUAAGUUCUGCUUUAAACUCAAACAAUAGAAAUAUUUUGGGCCUUAGGAUAGAAAUCAUUUGAAAGAAGGAAUUAAGAUGAAAUAAAAGUAAAAAACAUGAACUCAGCAAAAAGGGGGAAACAACCUAAGUGCCUGUC